AUGCCGAUAUUCCAGACAUGCGCAGUGCUUCUAGACGACAAGAAGGAAGUGUACCGGAAGGGGGAGACAGUGACGGGAUCGUUAGUGUUGGACGUCACAGAGGAUGUCACAGUGAAGGGGGUCCGAGUUUACCUGUAUGGGGAGACGCUGGUCAAGUGGGACGAGUUGUCACCUGGGAGUCUUGGAGGGACCAAGGAUUACAUCGCCAAAGAAAAAUACUUCGGAUUAGUGUUUACAGUAUUUGGCAAGACACUAGACGCCACUGGACCAAACCACACCCUGACAGCGGGACGCCACAAUUACAGUUACAAGCUCAAACUUCCAAAUAAAGACCUUCCGUCCUCCUUCGAGGGAGAGUUUAGCGCCAUCAGAUUCUGCGUCAAGGUUGAGGUGGACAGACCGACCUCCAACUUAAACCAGUGUUGGUACCGCGGUAUCACCAUACUGGACAACAUCAACGUCAACGACUCUCAGUAUAAGGCAUCGGUACGACGUCAGGCAAAGAAACAGGUUUCUAAGGCUCUUGGUUUAGGAUAUGCUGGUUCUCUGACCUUGACUGCUGCCACUGACAGGAGAGCUUACUGCGCAGGAGAAAAGGUCGCACUGAAAGUUGUGGUGCAGAACGAGUCAACGCAGAACAUGGGGAUACUGAAGGCUAAGUUGAAGCAGAAAGUUGUCUACACAGCUGGUGAGAGGAAGACUCGGAAGAACGUUAUCAGGAUCCUGGAGGGAACUCCAGUCAUGAAGGGAGAGGAGCGGGUGUGGAACAACCAACUGCUGGAAGUAGACGUCAUUCCACCGUCGACGAAGUCCAGUUCCUGUAAAAUCAUCGCCGUCAGCUACUACAUCAAGAUAGUGGUCAAAUGGAUUGAUGCCUCCAGUGACAUAACCUACACCAAAUGCAACCGGGGAUUCCAUGUCUGUCGGAAAUCAGACGGCAAUUUUGUGAAUUUCAAUUACAUCCCCAUGUGUGCCAACGUUGUGAACUACACAUUUCCCCUUCCCCCGAGCCCUGCUGGUGGAGCUGGAGGGGCACGCCCUGCUGCAGCUGCUGCUUCAAGAUCAAGCCCUGCUGCAGCUGUUGCUUCAAGACCAAGCCCUGCUGCAGCUGUUGUUGUAGGACCACGUCCUGCCGCUGUCGCCACUAAAGCACAACCCAAGACGAUUUCUCCAGCAACCUUUGUCCAAGCUCCAUCUCCUGUCCAAACUCCUCUCCAAGCCCAUCCCCAGGGCACUCCACAAGUCCCGCCACAAGCCAAACUGCAAGUUUCUACUUCUGCAAUGGACCUGCCCCCAUCCUACGAAGAUGUUCUGGUGAUGGAUAAUUUAGCUGCUACUACAGAAACUGCCUUCACAGUAGUGAUGGAAUACAAACCGUAUGGGGUUCUUUUCCUUCGGUUCCCAGACACCAGUGUUCAGGAGUUCAGAGACACCAUUGGGAGAGACCACCAGAGUCGUGCGGAGUGUGAGGGAGAAAUCAUUGCAUUUGCGCCACAGGUGAUAAAAAUUGUGUAA